AUGCCUUUGACUGAGAAGACACACUCUGGUCUUCCAGAACGCAAGUCAAUCAACUCGCUCUCAUCAGCCGAACCACAGAUCCCCUACAGCUCUAAGCAAGAAGAAAACCCUGAGUCGAGUCAGAAUGUUCAGCAACCAUCUUCAAGCACUCGUGAACCUGAGAGUCCAGCGCCUCAAGGCCCAGUCGUUGACCAGGAAGCAUUGGAAAACUACAAACCAAAAACACUCAAGUUCUGGCUCAUCAUUGUCUCGGUCUUCUCUGCCAUGUUACUAGUUGCUUUGGAUCGCACAAUCAUUGCAACCGCCAUCCCCGAGAUCACAAACGACUUUCAGAGUCUUGGAGAUAUAGGAUGGUAUGGUUCUGCCUACAUGCUUACCACCGCUGCCUUUCAGCUCAUCUUUGGGCGCAUUUACCGUUUCUAUGACUUGAGAAAAACAUUUCUUGCCUGCAUCUUGACUUUCGAGAUUGGCUCUGCCAUCUGUGGAGCUGCACCCAGCUCUGUUGCCUUUAUUGUUGGGCGAGCUAUUGCUGGAGUUGGCGCCGCAGGAAUCAUGACUGGCUCGAUGAUGUCUAUCGUGCCCUUGGUGCCUCUUCAUAAACGACCUCUCUUCCAAUCAAUGUUUGGUAUGGUCUUUGGAGUCUCUUCAGUUGCUGGGCCUCUAAUCGGCGGAGCUUUUACCCAGCAUGCCACUUGGAGAUGGUGCUUUUACAUGAAUCUCCCUGUUGGCGCCGUGGCCUCCGUCUUUCUCUUCUUCUUUCACACCAUGUCGAAAAAGAAGCACGAGUCUGUCCCUGCCCUCGAGCAUAUCACCCGCCUCGACCCGCUUGGAACCUUCUUCUUCGUCCCUUCGAUGGUUUGCCUUAUCCUUGCACUUCAGUGGGGAGGCUCAACUUAUGCUUGGAGCAGCUGGCGACUUAUUGUGCUCUUUGUUAUCUUUGGCUUCACACUCAUUGCCUUCGCUAUCGUGCAGGUCAAGAUGCCAAAGACGGCAACCAUUCCUGUCAAGGUAAUUACCCAACGAACAAUGCUGGCAUGCGCUUGGAUCUCGUUGUUCGUUGGUGGUGGCAUGAUGGUCGUUGUGUACUAUCUUCCUCUAUGGUUCCAGGCUACAAAGGGUGUCAGCCCAGUUGACUCGGGCGUCUACACCAUUCCUCUCGUGCUCAGCCUUGUAGUAGCCAGUAUCAUCUCUGCUGCUUUUACCCAAAGGAUUGGCUACUAUGUUCCUUCCAUGAUAAUCUGCCCCUGCAUCAUGUCUAUCGGACAGGGCCUCUUAACAACCUUUAAGCCAGACACCGGUUCAUCUCAGUGGAUCGCCUACCAGUUUUUGGUCGGGUUUGGUCUGGGUCUUGGAAUGCAGAGCGGUGGUCUCGCAAUCCAGGCAACGCUUCCCAAGGAGGAAGUUCCUACUGGUCUCUCCAUCACCUUUUUCGCUCAACAACUUGGCGGUGCUAUCUUUGUUUCUGUUGGCCAAACUAUCCUCAGCGGACGUCUCGUCGAACGACUGUCGGGUGUUCCUGGACUUGCCUCCAAGAAUCUUGUUGAGACUGGUGCCACAGAGCUCAAGAAGAUAGUGCCAUCCGAGUAUGUCCCCAAAGUGGCAGAGGCCUACAACUACGCCAUCACCCGCAUUUUCUACGUUGGUGUGGCAUUGGCGUUGGGUCAACUGGUCUGCGCAUUAUGUGUAGAAUGGAGGAAUAUCAAGCCAAAGAAGGCUGAGUCAUCGCCAGAGACUGGUAAUGCUCAGCAGGAGCAAAAGGCAGAGGAGUCAUGA